CUCCUUCUCGCCGGCCUCUGCGCUUGAUUAUGACAGCGUGCGAGGCCUGAAGAACGUCGACAUGUUCGGCGGCAAGAGCGACCCGUAUUGUAUUUGCAUGCUCGCAGAAGCUAAGCAGGCUAAGAAGCUCUUUCAGACUAAGGUCGUGGACAACGACCCGGACCCAGACUGGAACCACGGACCAGAACAGGUAGACCUCGGCAGCGGCCAGGGGGAACUUCUGUUCGAGAUCUACGACAAAGACUUUUGCCGCAAGGGAGACAAACUCGGGGCCGCAACCGUGUCGAUGGAGAGGUGCCUGCAAGGACUCUACACGGACCUGGACCUCGGGGAUGGUGUCGGCACCCUGCGCGUGAAGAUCGCGCCAGUGGGCCCCUCUGGUGCGCCCGUGGAGGUACGUUGGACGCCGCCCCAGGUGCGGCCGCGGCUGCAGGUGUGGGUCGACCGCGCGGAGGGCUUGCGCAGCGCGGAUGCCUUUGGCGGCAAGAGCGACCCGUAUGUCAUCUGCUCACUGUCCGAGAAGAAGGCCUUCCGCACGCGCGUCAUCCACGACGACAACGACCCAGUGUGGGACCAUGGGCCCGAGGAGUUGGUCCUUGGCAGUGAGACGGAGCUCCGGUUCGAGGUCCGCGACAGGGACGUGCUCGGCAGCGAUUUCCUUGGCAAGGCCGUGUUGCCGAGGGCUCAGUGCGUCUCGGGUUUCGCUGGCCGCCUGGACCUCGGCGCUGGCUGUGGCAUCCUCCAUGUGCGCGUGGAGCUGGCGCCGUCGGGACCAGAGCCGCCGCCCGCGAGGCUAGAGGUAACGAUCCUCAGCGCCAAGGCGCUGCGCAGUGGCAGCUGGUUCAUGGGCAGCAGCGACUCGUACGCUGUCUGCAAGCUCCGCGGGAAGCCCUUGUUCCAGACGAAGGCCAUCUGGAGCGAGCUGAGCCCGUCGUGGGACCACGGGCCGGUGGAGGUGGCCAUGAGGCAUUCCGAGAGGGAGCUGCGCUUCGAGGUGUACCACAGCAGCACGCUCGGCCGCGACACCCUGCUCGGCCGCUGCAGCGUGGCGCGCGAGGCCUGCCUGGCCGGCUUCGAGGGCGACGUCGACCUCGGCAGCGGCGGCGGCUCGCUGCGGCUGCGCGUGGUGCCCGUGGCUGCCGGCACCGUCUCGGCCGCCGCCGCCGCAGCGUUGCAGGCGCAGCCCGCGCCUGCGGUUCCGCUGUCUCCGGGCACCACUGCGGCAACGGACGCCGUGUCCAAUCCGACUGGGCUGAACACCCCCGGAGCCGCGGGCACCAGACCGAGGACAGCUGUAUGGGUGUACGGCGCCAAGGGCCUACGAAACGCCGACCUGCUCGGCGGCAAGAGCGACCCGUACUGCGUCUGCAAAGUGGUCGAAGACCAGUUGAGCCAGCAUGCCUUCCAGACUGGGGUGAUCAACAACGACCCAAACCCCCAGUGGAACCACGGCCCAGAGGAGGUGUCGUGGGCUGAGCACCAGGAGCUCGUCUUCGAGGUGUUCGACAAGGACAUGCUCCGCACAGGAGACAAGCUGGGCGAGGUACACCUCAACUGGAAGCAGUGCGCGCAGGGGUUGCACGAGGACCUGUCCCUCGGAGAGGGCAACGGCACGCUCCGCGUAAAGAUCGCCCCCGUGGCCCUGCAGAGCCAGCCGGCCACCUUUGGCCGAGCGCCGGAGCUGGUGGCUGCCGAUGUGCCGAGGGGCGGGGAGGCAGUAGACACCAGUUCUGCGAUCGGCAGUUGAUGGGCGUCACCCCAGCAUUCUAGUACUAUGUGUGCGUCGCCCCCCAGGGGCGACGCGCGCCCCGAGAAAUCUUGCAGUCUAUGCGUCGUGGCGAGCUCUUUCUGGCCACGCCGCUCGGGAAACGAUGUA